GCGAUUACGUCACUCGAGUUGGGGGUAGAGCAAGCCGGUAUCUUGGGAGAGGAAUAAGAAAGUAAUCUAAUAUUAAGCCGCUUUAAGAGAAUAGCAUUAUUAUUUUUAUUUUUUUAAAAACAUUUAUUAAUCGCAGCGAAGUUUAACAUAUAUAUCUAUUAUUUGUGAGUAUGGAUUACACGAAUCAGAGUGGGUUCAGACAGCGUAAGUUACAAUCCACACCGAGGAUGAGGAGUCCUGGCUCAGACUCUGGUGAAUCCCGUCAGCUUUUUGAUGACACCAGUGCUGGUCAACACAACUCUGGACCUGGCAACAUAAACAAAGGAGGGAUGGACUACGCAGGACAUGCCAUCUUGUCAGAUCCCAUGUCCAAUCUUGCUAUGGCAUAUGGGAGCAGCCUUGCAAGCCAGGGCAAACAAAUGAUGGAUAAAAAUCUUGACCGUUUUAUCCCCAUCUCCAAACUGAAAUACUAUUUUGCUGUGGACACCGUGUAUGUUGGCAAGAAGCUGGGACUGCUGGUUUUCCCCUAUAUGCAUGAGAACUGGGAAGUGAGUUACCGGCAGGAAACUCCAGUAGCUCCACGCUUUGAUGUCAAUGCUCCGGACCUGUACAUUCCCGCAAUGGCUUUUAUUACAUAUGUCCUGGUCGCAGGCCUGGCCCUGGGUACUCAGAACCGCUUCUCCCCUGAGAUCUUGGGGAUGCAGGCUAGCUCAGCCCUGAUAUGGCUCAUUAUAGAAGUUCUUGCCGUUCUCCUCAGCCUUUACUUGGUCACGGUGAACACAGACCUCACCACUAUUGAUCUUGUGGCAUUUUCUGGAUACAAAUAUGUUGGGAUGAUAGUAGGAGUGUUGGCUGGGCUCCUGUUUGGAAAGACAGGAUAUUAUCUCUCACUAUUCUGGUGCUGUGCUUCUAUUUUUGUCUUUACGAUCCGAACACUGAGGUUAAAGAUCCUGUCCGAGGCGGCUGCAGAGGGCGUUCUGGUCCGAGGAGCCAAGAAUCAGCUGCGUAUGUACUUAACCAUGGCCAUUGCUGCAGCACAGCCCGUGUUCAUGUACUGGCUAACUUUCCACCUGAUUAGGUAAGGAGUGGAUAUACACGGCAGCGAGCAUUGAUAAUGAAGGACACAACCACUACAGCCAUGACUGAAACACUCGGUCGGUCAUCCUCAAAAGAGACUCAAAGCAAGGAUCCAUUUGCACAGGUGCAAACAAAUGAACAAGCAUUGUGAAGGCUCGCAGUACAACAGUUGCUGUGAUAGGUCACUUAUUUUCCACAUGUACACUUGUAAAAUGGACUAUUUGCUUUUUAUGUGUUUUUCUUUUUGUAUGAUGUCGAGUGCAAUUAUUUGAUUCAUAUUUUUUAAAACAAUGUGAACACUUGAAGUACAGGCUGAGAACGUAUAUUUGAGCCAGUCUGCACAGUUUACUCCAAUACCCAGGUAACUGUUAACACCAAAUGCCUGUCUUUUUUGUUUUCGACUGUCUCCAUUUGUAUUUGUGUAUGUAUAUGCUUUUCUCUGCUACUGAUUUUAAAAAAAAAAAAGCAAAAUAUGUCUAUGUAACUGCUGAAAAGUACUUUAAAUGACUGAUUCAGAUGGUUCGGCAAACAAAAGCCUGACUCUCUCUCUCUCUUUGUAAUUAAAACAAGGACAAAAUUUC